UGACCCGGCGCUGCGCUUAUAGCGGGCGGAGCAGCGCGGCGGCAGCGCGGGCGGAGAUGGCGGCGAGAGCGCAGCGGUCCUGCGGCCUCUGGGCGCUGCUUCUCCUCGGCGGGAUGUCCGCCGGCGUCCUGGGGACAACUGGUUUUAUAAAGUCACCGCUGUCUCAAAGGAGACUGACUCAGGACAGCGUCGAGUUGUACUGCGAGGCGAUUGGCAAUCCCAUCCCCGAGAUCCAGUGGUGGUUUGAGGGGAACGACCCCAAUGAGACCUCUGCUCAGCUCUGGGAUGGCGCCUGGCAGGACCGCGUCAAAAUCAACGCCACCUACAACCUCCACUCUACCAGCACCAUCUCCAUCUCAAACCUCACCACCGAGGACUCGGGCAUGUACGAGUGCCGGGCCAGCAACGACCCCGACCGCAACCACUUGUCGAAGAGCCCCAAAGUCAAGUGGAUCCGUUCCCAGGCGAAUGUUUUUGUCAUCGAACGUCCAGACAUCAAAACUCAAGUGACUGCUGUUGCUGGCAAGCUGGUCCUCACCUGCAACAUGAGUGCAUCAACCACUGCCAUCGAGGGUCACGAGUGGGUGCGUGGAGAGAAGGUCCUUCACACAGACUCAGGGUCAAGUUCUGUCACCAGUUACACAAUUGAGGGGAACAUGGAGGAGCACUCCGGCCUCUACGAAUGUGUCUACAAAGGAAACCCAGUGGUAAAAGGACAAGUGAACAUUUCAGUUCCACCCCAAGUGGUGCCAUACAAGAAGUCUGAGCAUGGGAACGAGGGGGACACCGGUGUGCUGACCUGCAGGAGUCCCUCUUUCCCGCCUGUCAGCUCUUGGGUGUGGUACAAAAAUGGUCAAGAGCCCAUUGUCAAUGGUUCUGGUCGAUACAUCAUCAAGUCCAGUGGCAACAAGACAGAGCUGCGCAUCCUGAAGCUGAACAUUGAGGAGGACACAGGUGACUACCACUGCAAUGCCACCAACUCCCAGGGCUACGGCGGUGCCGUGGUGAACCUGCGUGUGCGCAGCCGCCUGGCAGCUCUCUGGCCCUUCCUGGGCAUCGUGGCAGAAGUCCUCGUUCUUGUCACCAUCAUCUUCAUCUACGAGAAGAGAAGGAAGCCAGAUGAGGUUCUUGAUGAUGAUGAUGGAGGUUCUGCACCACUGAAAAGCAAUGCCACAAACCACAAGGACAAGAACAUCCGCCAGAGAAAUGCAAACUAAGGGCAGGGGCCAGGUGAUGUGUAGAGGAAGAACUCAUCUGGAGAAUUUUAUUUUCUUCUAAAUUUUUUUUUUUUUUGGUAAAAUAGCAACAUGGAAUAUUCUAGUGUGUCCUUGUGAUUCAGUUACUUCACUCGCUAAGGAAACUUAAGUUGUAGAACCUAAAAUACACUUUUUUUAAAAAAAAAACAACAACAAAAAGUUGUGGGAGGGUUUUUCUACCUGUAAGUGUAAAUCCCUUGUUUCUGGUAGUCUUAGGUCACCGGCUGUCUCUGUCCUCAGUUUCUUCAUGGUGGUACAGAGGGGGUCAGGAGGAAUACAGCUUCUCCCUCCCUUUGGGAAGAGGAGGGUGUGCUGGGUGGGGCCACUCUGAGACUGCCCUCCCCUCUGCAUUGGGGCCACUCAAGGGGCUGUGGAUGACAAACUUGUUGCUGUGUGGGUCUGAGAGAAACUGCUUUAAGAACUGUCUGGAGGUGACCUGAUCUGACCCAGAGGGGUUUGGAAGGUGGUUCUGCAUCUUCACCAGUGCAUCACCAAAGCCACUGAGCCACUGGGGGAGUAGCCUCAGGGCUGAGCUGGGCAGGAUCCCCAUCACCUCCUGCUGCAGACACCCUCUGGAUUGGACAAGCAGAAGGCAGCAGUGGAGCUGGACACUGGGAGAAGGGUGAAUAUGUUUUUGGGUUGCUGUGUCUUUUAGUUGCUGCAGUGGGGACAGACUGGGGAGAGGGGGGGGUGGUGGGGCUGUAGUGCUGGGGGCAGUUUGACAGCGUGGUCUUGUGCUUUUGAGCCAUUGUGAUGUUUGCCUGAGAUAGGAGCCUGAGAGCAGAGGAUGCUCAGUGGAGUCUAACACCUUUGUUGCUGGGUAGCAUUGAGCUGUUCCAUCUGUUAACACACUUCAAAAAUAAAGAUUCCUCUCUUUUUUUUUUUCCA